UUACUAUAUCGUUAUCCCUUGAGCCACCCGAACGGAGAGCAAGAGGGGGAAGAGGGGGAGUGAGCCAACAACACAAUCAGCGAAAAGCAAUCUUUUCCGGCAAUAUGGCGAUGGAGUCUCUCAGAGCGACGGCGACCUCAGCUUCAGCUUCCUCUCUACGCAAUUUAAAUGGCUCUCAGAGGAAGCCAACCUCUAUCUAUCCACUUCGUUUCAUGGCUGUUCGCCCUCUACCCUCUCGUUCUCUCACUUCUUCUUCUCUUUCUCAGUUCUUUGGAGCUUCUCCAAUUAAGUCUAAAUCUUCCCAGCUCUCAUAUUUACGCCACCGGAGCAGAAGAAACUUGUCUGUUUUCGCCAUGGCCGCCGAAGAUGGAAGUCGAGCUGUUCUGUUGAAAGACUAUCGCAACAUUGGAAUCAUGGCACACAUUGAUGCUGGAAAGACAACCACAACCGAGCGAGUUCUCUACUAUACUGGAAGAAACUACAAAAUUGGAGAAGUGCAUGAGGGAACAGCUACGAUGGACUGGAUGGAACAAGAACAAGAAAGAGGGAUUACCAUAACUUCCGCUGCAACAACUACAUUUUGGAAUAAACACCGGAUCAACAUAAUUGAUACUCCUGGUCAUGUUGACUUCACUCUGGAAGUGGAGCGUGCUCUUAGGGUGUUGGAUGGAGCUAUAUGCUUGUUUGAUAGUGUUGCUGGUGUGGAACCACAAUCAGAAACUGUGUGGAGACAAGCUGAUAAAUAUGGGGUUCCACGUAUUUGUUUUGUUAAUAAGAUGGACCGUCUUGGAGCUAACUUCUUCCGAACAAGAGAUAUGAUAGUGACAAACUUGGGUGCUAAACCACUUGUAAUUCAGAUUCCAAUUGGUUCGGAAGAUAACUUUCAGGGAGUUGUUGAUCUUGUAAAAAUGAAAGCUAUAGUUUGGUCUGGAGAAGAGUUAGGUGCCAAGUUUUCUUAUGAAGAUAUUCCUAGCAAUCUUCAAGAGUUGGCUCAGGAUUAUCGAUCCCAGAUGAUUGAAACAAUAGUUGAUUUGGAUGAUCAAGCCAUGGAGAGCUAUCUGGAAGGAAAUGAACCAGAUGAGCAAACCAUCAAAAACUUGAUUAGGAAGGGAACCAUAUCUGGACAAUUUGUGCCAGUACUGUGUGGCUCAGCUUUCAAAAACAAGGGGGUUCAACCGCUGCUUGAUGCUGUUGUGGAUUAUCUACCAUCACCAAUUGAGUUGCCACCCAUGAAGGGAACUGAUCCUGAAAACCCAGAAGUGACAAUAGAAAGGAAAGCAAGUGAUGAUGAGCCGUUUUCUGGAUUAGCUUUUAAGAUCAUGAGUGAUCCAUUUGUUGGUUCCCUUACAUUUGUGAGGGUGUAUUCUGGAAAGCUAAGUGCAGGGUCUUAUGUACUCAAUGCAAACAAAGGGAAAAAGGAGAGAAUUGGCAGGCUUCUGGAAAUGCAUGCAAACAGCAGGGAGGAUGUUAAAGUAGCUUUAGCAGGUGAUAUUAUUGCUCUUGCAGGUUUGAAAGAUACUAUUACAGGUGAAACGUUGUGUGACCCUGAUAGUCCUAUUGUGCUUGAGCGCAUGGACUUCCCUGAUCCUGUGAUAAAGGUUGCCAUUGAGCCCAAAACUAAAGCUGAUGUUGACAAGAUGGCAACUGGUUUAAUUAAGCUUGCCCAAGAAGACCCUUCUUUCCACUUCUCCAGGGAUGAAGAGAUUAACCAGACGGUGAUUGAAGGAAUGGGAGAAUUGCAUCUUGAAAUCAUUGUUGAUCGACUCAAGAGAGAAUUUAAGGUGGAAGCUAAUGUUGGUGCACCCCAAGUGAACUACAGGGAAAGCAUUUCCAAAGUCUCAGAAGUGAAGUAUGUGCACAAGAAACAGUCAGGAGGACAAGGUCAAUUUGCUGAUGUCACUGUUCGUUUUGAACCUUUGGAGGCAGGUAGUGGCUAUGAGUUCAAGAGUGAGAUCAAAGGAGGUGCUGUACCUAAAGAAUACAUUCCUGGAGUGAUGAAAGGAUUGGAGGAGUGUAUGUGCAAUGGGGUACUUGCUGGAUUUCCAGUUGUUGAUGUACGUGCGGUGCUUGUAGAUGGAUCUUACCACGAUGUAGAUUCAAGCGUCCUGGCAUUCCAGUUGGCAGCAAGAGGAGCUUUCCGGGAUGGAAUGAGAAAAGCUGGACCAAGGAUGCUUGAACCAAUUAUGAAAGUUGAAGUGGUUACUCCUGAAGAUCAUCUAGGAGAUGUUAUCGGUGAUCUCAACUCAAGAAGAGGCCAGAUCAACAGUUUUGGUGACAAACCUGGUGGCCUAAAGGUAGUUGAUGCCUUGGUUCCUCUUGCUGAGAUGUUUCAGUAUGUGAGUACACUGAGAGGGAUGACCAAGGGUCGUGCGUCUUACACAAUGCAAUUGGCCAAGUUUGAUGUUGUGCCUCAGCACAUCCAAAACCAACUCGCCUCAAAGGAGCAAGAAGUUGCUGCUUAAUGUAUUAUUUUCCUUCGUCUCCUCUUGAGGAGGAACAAUUUUUCUUCAACAGUUUGUGUUGUCCAAUAGUUACAAGUUUUUUAAUUUAUUUUUUAUUGUCA